UGUAAAAGUUUGUGUGAUAAUGUCGCCAGUUUGAAGAAGUGUUUUACAAACAAGAGUUUUAAUCCUUCGUUAUUAUCUGCUGCAAAUUUCUUUCAAUAUAUCAGUAUGAAUAUCGUUGUCAUACUUCUUGAUGGAGGGCAAUUUCAAGUGCAGAAUUUGCGAAAGCAAACUUUAGGCAAAGAUAUUUUUAAAAGUGCUUGUAAGGAAGUUGGUUUAGUGGAUGAGGUGGAGUAUUUUGGACUUCGGUCUGUGAACAAGAAAGAUGGAGAGUUUGAAUGGAUUGACAAUGAACGAACUCUAAAGUCUCAGAUUGCUAAAGACGCUAAUGAUAAUUUAAACUGUUAUCUUCAUUUUGCUGUCAAAUUUUUCCCUUUUAAUCCCACAAACAUCAAAAGUGAUCUGACACGUUAUCAGUUUGUCCUUCAGUUGCGAGAGUCACUUCUCAACGGAAGGCUGGAGUGCUCCAUGCCAAUUGCUGCGUUACUAGGAUCAUUUAUUGCACAAGCAGAAUUUGGUGACGCUGAUUCACCAGACAUUACUGAAAGAUAUCUGGAUGACUUCGAAAUUUGCCCAAAUCAGUCUGUAGAGUUGAAGAAGAAAAUACGAGAUUAUCAUCAAAGUCACAAAGGAAUGAAUCCAGAGCAAGCAGAGUUGAACUUUCUUGAUAAUAUUCGUAAAUUACCAAUGUACGGUGUUCAUCGUCAUCUUGCUCUUGAUGUAAACAGUGAGAAAGUUUAUAUCGGUGUUUCUAAUGUUGGUCUAACUGUUUACCGUGAAAAUCAGCUUAUGUCUACUUUUGUUUGGCCACAGAUUCUCAGUAUUGGUUUUAAAACGAGAAAAUUUUACAUCAAGAUUAAACCUGUUGAUGAGGACGAUGACUUUUGUAAAACAAGCGUUGGUUUCAAACUAGCUAGUCGCGUGGCGGCGAAACGUCUUUGGAAAAUUUGUGUUGAACACCAUACUUUCUUCAGAUUGGAAAACAUAAAUGUUAAUGAUGAUAAAAAGUCCCUAAUGAAGUUUGGAUCGAGAUUUAGUUACAGGGGUAAAACUGAAUGUGAAAUCAUGAAAGAACAAGUAACUACGAAUGUACAACCAUUUAAUCGUGUCUCAAGCAAGAGAUUUUCGGAAAGAGUCUUGAAAGGAAAUCGUAAGCAAACGCAUGACUCUACUGACAACGAUGUCACAUCGAAAAUCACUGCAUCUGUUCCUGCAACUGAAGUUUUGUCUGAAGCAGCAUUCUCUUCGGUUGAUGGCAACGAAACUGCACCCAAAAUUAUGCCUGUUCAGUUACCGGAGAUUAAGGUAGUGCAGGCUUCACCGAUAAUGACGAAGAAAAACAAAGAAACAGAUGAUGCUGAAACCAGGAAUACUGAAAACAGUGAUUCUGAAAACAGCGAUUCUGAAAACACCGAAACUGAAGAACAAGGCGUCAGCGAGGUUGUACGCAGAGAAGAUAUGUUUGUGAUUUCAAAUCCUUCGGUUGAUAGUGAGCUGAAAGCAUCUGACUCCGUCACUGGUUCCAUUGGCAUUUCAGAGGAUCAUAAAUCGACUUCCAAUGAAGUAGAUAGAAAUACCGACAUAGAGAUCAAGGAUACUCAAUCAGUAAACAAGACGGCGUACACUGCCGAAACUUAAGUUGAUAGAGAUGAAGGCGGCUGAGGUUAUGCAUUAUGCAUGUUAUUCAGGACAUCAUUAACUUUGUUUUAUAUGACGUCAUGUCAUAUGUUAUCUCCAUUCCUAAUACCGUCAUAUAUUAUCCUUGAUUUCACUGUCAUGUUUUGGAUUCUUAUGGGUUGGCGUCAUUGUGUGAAUACAAAGUCGAACCUUGGAAAUACUUUAUCAGAAUCCCUUACCCUCUGAUAGUUCCAGCACAAUUAUGGAAAAUUGAAGCCAUUUUGAAUAAACUCACCAUUUGAUAAAAUACUAUUUUUAAUCAGUACAUUUCAAAUCAAUCGGCUCAUCUUCACCAUGUAUUCAUGAUGUAUUAAAAUAUUUUGAUUUGAA